AUGGACAAACCAGUUGUUUGGGCUCGCGUCAUGAAGGUUCUUGGCCGUACCGGCUCCCAGGGCCAGUGUACACAAGUCAAAGUGGAGUUCCUUGGAGAACAGAACCGUCAAAUCAUCCGCAACGUUAAGGGACCCGUGCGUGAGGGAGACAUUCUGACCCUUCUCGAAUCUGAACGUGAAGCUAGACGUCUUCGCUAGGAGUACAACGCGCUUGGGAUUGGUUAAGAAUGUGUUGUUUUGCACUUGGCAAUUUCUUGCAAGAAGAUAUAAAAACCAUAAACAUACAGAAAGAAUAACCCAACACCAAAUUAAAAAUGUUUAAAUAAAUUUCAAGUAUUGCAGUGCUUAUAACAACAA